GCGGUAGGCGUGCGCGCGGGCGCCUCGAGUACGGCGGAUUGGGAUGGCCAAAUCAGAACCUCAGGAAAGAAACUAUGAUAACAUGGUAAAGAUGGUGGAGGACCUGAACAGGGACUUAGAAAAACUUCUGGAGGAAAUGGAAAAACUAUCAGUGCAGGCAACCUGGAUGGCUUAUGACAUGGUAGUAAUGCGUACAAACCCAGACCUGGCCAACUCCAUGAGGCGACUGGAAGAUGCCUUCCUGAAUUGCAAAGAAGAGAUGGAGAAGAAAUGGCAAGAGGUGCUAAGGGAAUCUAAAGGUGAAGAGCAAAAAAAUGAAUAAAUUGGCUUCAAUCA